ACAUGUUGUGCAACUACUAUCACUCUAAUUUGUUUGUUUACAAAAUUCAGCGCGAAUUUCGCGACCAAAAAUAUAGUGCAAAAACUGCCAAUGAAAUAUACCUUAGAGGGCAGCAAUGCUAGGGUCAUCGCCAAAGCCGUACAGUCGCUGUCCAAGGUGGGCAAGGAAAUGUUCAUCGAGAUAGACCAGCAAUCCUUGCAGAUGCGGGCCAUAAAUGCCACCCAAUCCGCCGUGGGCAGCAUAUCCUUUAAAAGAUCCAUGUUCGAAGUGUAUGACAUGCCGCCGCACUCAGAUUUUUACUGCAAGAUCUCCAUGAAGGGAUGUUUGGCCGUGUUCCGCAACAUGAAUGAGGUGGAGUACUGCGAACUCAACUUGCUGGACAACCAGACCAAUCUGCAGGUGAAUCUCCGCUGUAAGCUGGAGACCACAAAGGAGGCCACCAUUUCCAUCAUAGACGACCAAAACAUUAACACAAACAUAAACACCGAUCAGAUGCCGAAUAUAAUCCGCGGCGAUCACAAGCUGUUGACGGACAUCUCCAACAACUUUAACUCCUCGGAGGAGGAACUAACUUUGGAAGCUAACUUGGGUAGUGUGGUGGCCAAAAACUACAUAGAAGGCGCCCGAGUGAAUGAUAAGUUCAUGCGCACGCAACUGAAACUUAAGCCUAGUGAAUUUGAGCAGUACCAGGUGACGAAGGAAACGGUCAUUACAUUCUGCAUAAAGGAAUUCCGAGCAUUUCUUCUUUUCGCCGAGUGCUUAAAUGCUUCGCUGACACUGGAGUUCGACGAAGCAGGCAUGCCUUUUCUGCUCAAAAUUAAGAAGCACGGCGAGAUCGAAUGCUUGCUGAUCAUGUCCACGCUAUCCCCCGAUGAUAUAAGCUUCUCGGAAGAGUAUUGUCAAAAGGAUCUGACAGUGCAUGAUGAGGACGUACGAGCGGCAGCUUCAAAGCGGAAGAGCACCGCUCCGGGCCCGAAUGUAACCAACAAACGCAAAGGCAGCUCUUCAGAACCGGCUGCAGUGCAGCCGAAACGUCGAGUGGAGGAGACCCAAUUAGAAUCGAGCCUAGAUAAUCCUCUGUUCCUUUUCCGGGACUCGGAGGCGCCUUCUGUCCAGCAGCCUCGCAUCCUUGCCGAGGUGGACACCGUGGUUUUAAUAGAAGACGAGGCGGAACAAGAGGCUCUCAUGCUGGCAGCCGCGGAUGCCGCAUUGGAGGCCAGCAUAGCACAUUCUUCAGGACCUCCAAACAGCACAGAGGUUUGUUUUAUCAACACGGACGACUCUCAGCAACCUAAACCGCCAGAAAUCUCCUCUGAUGAGGAUGAAACUAUACCCCAGUCACCUGAGCGCCCUAACAAGGUGCGAACUAUCUUCUCACGGUGCUUUCAGAGAACCUACGUUCCGCGGGAGCCAUCACCCAACACUCAGUGUUAUGCGCCCAAUUCCGAUACAGAGGAUUAGCCUAGAUUUGAUCGUUUAUCAGCAAAUACACUCUACGUCUAA